ACGAAGCCGUGUAGCUGCACCUUUGUUGAGCAGCAGCGGCGUGGAGCAUUACGCACACACGCGCGCGCGCACACACACACACACACACACACACGCACACAAAGCGUCUUCUCCUCAGGUUAAGGCAUCAGUGAGGCCAGUCUGCCAGCGCUGCCUCCUCACACGGACACUCAGACAGCCAGAAGAUGAAGAAGCGCUGCCUGGACGUGGCCAAGCUCCGGAAGAUGAAGAAGCUGAGACUGACGGAGAAGAUCUCUGAAAGUGCGUACUCGUUCCUGAAGUUCAUGACAGUGUGGAUCGUGGUGCUGUUGGCUGACUUUAUUCUGGAGUUCAGACUGGAGUACCUGUGGCCUUGCUGGCUCUUCCUCGGCACAGUUUACACCACGUUCCACUGCCACGGCUUGGCCAUCUGUAUGGUGUUUGUGUGUGCUGCCUUCACGCUGGAUAUAUUCUGUUUAAUUUUUGUACCGCUCCACUGGCUGUUUUUCGCAGCCAGCACAUACGUGUUACUCAACUACAUAUGGCACACAGAGAAAGGCAUCUGCCUGUCGACUGUGACUUUAUGGAUUCUUUUGGUAUACACAGAGACCUCGCUCAGGCUGAGAGACCUGAAGAAUCCGUACGCUAACCUCUCUCACCUCUUUGCAGCACACUGCAUUGGAUAUCCACUGGUGUACAUGGGAUUUGAUGCAACGUGCUAUUUCUCCGGCAUCUUGAAACUUCGCACACAAAAAGCAGUUCAGAGCGAGAACGACUUGCACGUGCAUCUCCUUCAACAUCCCCUACCUCCGUACACACAGCUCUACCCAAAACUGGGCGUGGAAGAAUCCAAAUGGCGGACCAAACCAGGGCCCAUGCAAUAUCCGUGUCCAAACGACGCCGUCUUAUCAGAGGACAAGCAGGAGCACGAGGACUGUCUCCAACUCCACAGGCUGCAGGGGAGGACGGAGAGAGACGCAGGGGACGCCAGGAUACGAGAACCGAACCCUCAGCCUCCAGGAUCUAAGCAUCACGGGGCAGAAACGCGUUCUGGUCUGGCUCAGCUUUCCGACGUUCACGAACACCUACCUCACGAGGAGCAAAGCGGGAAAGCUCCGAGAGUCUCUAGAGGUCCGCAGGCUAAAGUGCAGAAGAGCUCGGUGAACAUCGUAGCCAGCAAAGCGGAGAAGAAACCCAAAAACCCUCCCAAAGCCAUCAGCUCCAACGCAGGGGAUGCAGGAGAACGGAGCACAAAUAUCCAGGGGCUUCACAAUCCUCAUGCUGAGCAGAUCGCUAAGCUGGAGCAGGAGAUGAGGAAGCUGAAGGUGGAGCUCCAGACGAGCAGACAGACCGAGCAGGAGUUACGCAGUCAUGUCUGUAACCUCACCAACAGCGAGAACAGCCUUCGGCCCGAAGUCUCGCUGCUCAGACACGCCAACGAACUCCUGCACAACAAGCUUCAGUAUCUGAGUAAAUCCAGACAGAAGGACAAGCAGAGUUGUGCCAUAUUGGAGAAGAAAGCCAGAUUGGAGACGGAGAGCAGAUUAGUCGUCGAAAAGCAACUGGCAGAAGUGCGGUCCCAGAAAUUCGACGAGGCAGCUUUUUUACUGCGGAACGCAUCGAACAGGCAGGAACACAGUGAGACGCAGCUGUUAAGGAAAAGAGCUAGAGAUCUAGACACAGAGUACAAACAGCUACAGCUGGACUAUCAGGAGAAAGACAAUCGAGUGCUAGCGCUAGAAAAAGAAGUGGAGUCCCUGCAGAAGCUCAGAUGUUCAGAGCAGGAGGCCGACGCCUUGCUCUCCGCUCUCUCCUCUCUGCAGGAUAAAGCUCAGCAUUUAGAAUACAACCUGAGCGCGGAGACUCGUCUCAAACUGGACUUGUUCUCAGCGCUGGGCGACGCCCGCAGACAGCUGGAGAUAGCGCAAGUUAAACUCCUGAAGCAGGACCAAGAGAUCAAAGAGAUGAAACAGAAGAUCGCCGAGGUCAUGGCCGUCUCUCCGGGCGUGUCCUACGUGGCUCCGCGCUCCACCGUUCCUCAGUACCUCAAGUUCCUCAACUCGGAGCGCUACGUCCUGAACCCCCGAGGUCUCAUGUACCAGUGUCUGAGGAAAUAAUCACAGCGAAGGACACCAAUGGAAGUUUUUCUUCCUUUUGAAAAAGCUUUGGAUCAGUUUGUCCGUCCUGGCGAUCUGAAUAAAGGGAUUAAACACGCCGUUGAGGUUUCCCCGGGCGGACCGAGAGCCGGCCAGUUUCACGGCUCCGAGAUUCCCAGAGGUUCUCGAGGACACAAAGCUGACUGUACGUCUGAUUUGUGGUGCUACAGAAGUAAACAAAGCAACACAGGUUCAUUCUUUUCAAUCCUGAACUCAAGUCGGUAAAAUUCUUUCAACGAAAAGAAAAAAAAAUUACAGCGGUGGUAUUCGGACAGCUGGACUCGGUGAAUAUUUUCAUAUAAAAGAAAGAAAAAAAAGGAAAUCAGGCUCAAUGGCUCAUGUUGUGCCUCAAUACAAUAUUUAAACAAUAAAAAGCCAAUACCUAAUGUCAGUAAUGUGAAUAUAAAGUGCUUUGUACGGUUUUGUAUUCCUUUUUACAUUAUACGCGUUGUAAAGGAAUUUGACUUCUUCUCGAUUUGUACGUUUUCACGUCUUUGGACCUGUCGCCUUUUUACGUGUCGAUGAGGUGUUUUUUAAUGAGAUAUUUAUUUUUCUGCCUUGAUGUACUUUUUUCCCCCUCUGAAAUACGAGCUACAGAAUUGAUGGUCUUGGUCUGCAUGCUGAUUUCUGAGUAAGAAAAUAACACUCAGUUUUGAUGUUUAAUUGUGCAUUUGUGCAAGGGCUAAUGUUUUCUUCCAAGAUCUUUUGGAACAAGUAAUAAAAAAAAUACAGUUUUUUUUUUUUCAAAGACUCCUUAAUUAACUGAACCCUACAUUUCUUCUUCUCCCGCUUUCAGACUUCUGAAAGGCGACAUCGUUUGCAUAUUGAAGGAAAGCCUACACCACAUUCUAUACAAAAGAAUCAAGUAGAGGCUACUAAAGCAAAACAAACUGUAUAAUAUCAAAGGUACUGGAUUGU